CCUGACCAACGAUGCCGGCUCGAGCGGAGAGGACAGCCACAACGAUGCGCCUUUGGCAUGCCUUGGCGUUGUUGGUGUGUUGAUAAACAUGAGGAUGGUGUGCUGUGCUGUGCUUUUGCCUUGUGUUGGUUGGCGCGCUUCACAUCCAGCAGCCAGCAGCCAGCAGCCGCCAGCCAUCAGCCAUACAUUUCCUUUGUCUUGUCUCUCACACACACGCACAACGGCGGUGACACAGCAACAGAGGUGACAACAAGCACAACUGUCGCACACACACACACACACACACGCACACACACACACACACACACACACAACGCAGCCAUGUUGAAGAUGCUGAAGCUGCGGAAGCGCCCGCAGCAGCACACUUCAACGGAUGGAAAGAAAGAACAGCACAAGGAAGCUGAUACCACGAAGCAGCAGCAGCAGCAGCAGCAGCACCAGCAGCAGCAGGUCGUGCGCGACACCAACCCUGAAGAACAACAACGGCGAGGUCGUCAGCGCGCGGCAUCGCUUGGCAGCCCAGCCCAGCGUGCACUGCCGAAAAUCCCAAGCGUGGAAGAGCAGCAGGAGAACCAGGCAUAUCACGUGGGCGUGUGUUCCCGCACGGAGGCCAACCAGAGACUCGCCGUCUGCCGCGAUGGCACGUUCCUCGUCCGACGCUCGCCCACCGACGGCGGUUACGUGUUCAGCGUCAUCUGGCGCGACAACCCGGGCAAGCUGGGGACGUUUACGCACGCCAAGAUCGUGCCGGCAACCAAGGACAAGGGCAUGUUCGCGCUGGCGGACGUGGACGCGUUUGUGACCAUGGACGAGCUGGUUCGCUUCUACCAGCGGUCACCCGUCAUCUUUGCCAUGCGUUUCUGGCCCGACGCGGAAGGGGUCAGCCUGCCAGACUUCUUCGCCUACGACAAGUUCAACCCGCACAUCAACAGCAAGCACGAGCACGUGCGCAGUCGUGCAGCUUCCCACAUGAGCGCCCAGGACAGCAGCGGUGGCGCCAGCGACACCGCCAACAACGACAGCAGCGACACCAGUGGCAGUGCCAACAACGUCACUGGCAGUGCCAAUAGCAACAGCAACACCUUUGCUGAUGAUACUAAGAGCACGAGCAACAACACCGCCACCGUCGCCACCGUCGCCAUCAGCAGCAGUGCCGCUGAUGAGCGAAAGUACAUGACUGCAUCGCCUGCUCGUCUGGAUGCCAUGUUCCCAUCACCGUCAUCAUCAUCAUCACCAUCAUCGUCACCAGCAGCGGCACUGCACGCGCCCAGGCCACGCCGGGUGCGCCACCAGACGCAAGAGGACGCAGAGGCAGCACGGCGCAUGUCGGAAGGGCAUGUCGGCAGACGUGGGCACCACCAUCAUCACAACCGUCAUCAUCGUGGUGUCGAUGGCGACGGUGAACGCAGGCGCGGCAGUAGCCCCGCGAGUGCCGGUGUGUCAUCAUCACCAGCCACUGCUGCUGCUGCUGCCGUUGCCUGCAAGCAUGGCGACAAGAAGCGUGCGGAGAAGAAGGAGAAGAAGGAGAAGAAGAAAAAGAAGAAGGGAAGGAAGAGCAAGGAGGAAGGGGAGGAGCAAGAUUCACACAACCUCAAGCUCCACCUGCCGGAUCUUGAACUGUUGAAAGCGAACUUGCCCAAGUCUGACAGUUUUGUGGAGAGCGGCAGCCAUCCCUCGUGGGCGAGCAAUGCUCGCAGGAUGGAGUUCCGGCCCGUGAUUCCUCCAAGGUCCCGGAGCAACACCCCGCAGUCCAACCUCCCCCACGUGCCGCUACGAUCACAUGCACCGUCACCAGCACCACCAAGUGCCACCCCACCCUCCAACGCGAACACCACCGCCACCAAUACCGACAACAACACCACCACCUCUGUGUUGGAGCGAGACGACAGCAGCGAUCCGUACGAGGAAGCGCAACCGGCCGAUGAAUUGUUACCACCGACACCAUCAUCAUCAUCAUCAUCACCAUCAUCAUCAGCCAUGGCCAACGGUGGUGGUGCUGGCGAGAACCUACAGCGGCCAACACCCACACGAUCAGCAGCCGUGUACGAGACACCGGUGUGCAAGAGCCCCAUCCCGUCAUCCCUGGGUGCACCACCACCACCACCGCCGCCACUGCGGAACUCACGCUCACCGCAGCCACCAACUCUACCGUCUGCAACAACAGCAUCAACAACAGCACCGGCAUCGCCUCUUCAGCGAUCACACCAGCCAUCACCACAACAGCAGCAGCAGCAACAGCAGCAACAGCAGCAGCAGCAGCAGAACUCGUCACCGUUUUCGCGUGAUAGCAUCGUCAUCACACCCUCUGCGCUCCGCCAGAACAGGCGGCCCACUGACCAAUACAGGCCCGUUGAGGCGUCGCGGCCCCUGUACGAAUCGGCCUAUCAGUGCGUUCUCACUGUCAAGGACGGCAAGUCCUCCCCGCUGUCCUCCAUGGAGUCCUCCAGCGGACACACGCAGCUUUGAACGUGCCAUUUGUGUGCCUGCAAGCAACGCGUGCUGCGACGCAUGUAUGCCUGCAUGUGUACGUGUGCUGCUGUUGGAAUGUUUGCAAGCAUGCCAGCAAGCACACGCGCGACUUUCAUUUUCUGUUUGUCCUGAAACGAAGCGGGUCAAGUGGCAUCCGUAUCUUUAUGUACACGAAUAAACCACAAGUACGGGA